GGCACACGGCGGCGGCCAGGCUCAGAGUGCACCCAAGCGCUGCUGCCAGCAGGACGAGCAGGAGCAGGGCCCCGGCACCCCGCAGCUUUCGCCCUCAGGUUUCCCGUUCGGCGUGAAGAUGGCGUUCGUCCCCGACCUGGACGUGCUGGAGGGCGGCAGCCUGAGCGAGGAGACCUUCUACGGCCCCGACUGCCUGUACCCACCGAAGGUAACGCCGGGAGGAGCCUGUGGCACCGCGGCACGGCGGCACCGUGGCACCGCGGCACCGCGGCGCGGCAUCGCACGGCGCUCACCUGCGGCCUUCUGCCCCCAGAAGCUUCGCCUGGACUCGGAGGCAAAGCACGGCCAGAGCCGCACCACGGUGGACGUCCAGGUGACGGUGACGCCGGGACACGGCGCCAGGAGGUUCCGCCAGGCCGCCACCCUGGUGGUGGCCGCCACCAAGAUGCUGCGGAGGCCGUCGCACCAGGACUUCGCCGACAGCGACCUGGGCGGCUUCCUGGAGGAGAUUUUCGAACCCGUCACCUUCCAGAGGCUUGAGAGCAGCUACGCCGGCGCCCCCGUGUACCGCUACACCCGCUCCCAGUCCUUCGAUAUCUACGACAUCAACCACAAGUGCUUCAUGCUGGAUUCGCCCACCCAGCUGGUGGCCCUGCACGUGCAGGGGCCCUUGGCCAGCCGCAAAGGUGAGGGGACCGCGUCCCUGUCCCCGUCCCCACCCCGUGUCCCCGGGGGGCACCCCCUGACCUGUCCCCUUCUCUCCGCAGUGAGGCUCAACAUCGCGCUGUACCGGCCCCACACCCGGCCGGGCAGCGCCGGGGCCAUGGGGAUGCCGGUGGCGCUGGGCAUCAAGGGCUACAAGCUCUACAUGUCCUGCGUGAUGAGCGGCAGCGAGCCCGUGCUGCAGCUGGAGGAGGCCGACGUCAUGAGGGACAUCGACAGCGCCGAGCUGACCCGCUUCAUCUUCUACCGCCUGGACAGCCCGGCCGAGGGCACCACGCGCUUCGAGUCGGCCGCCUUCCCCGGCUGGUUCAUCUGCACCUCGCGGCAGUCCUGGCAGCCCGUGGGCAUCACCAACCAGCCCGACCAGGUCAACAUCGCCACCUACAAGCUGAGCGGGCGCUGAGCCCGACCCCGACCCCGACCCCAACCGGCAGUCACCGGUUGCCUCGCCGUAUGUACCGAGUACAGCCCGCGGCGCCGCCCUGCCGCCCGCGAUAUUUCAGGUGAAAUAGCCCCCAUGGGCCCCGUGGGCCCGCCUCGCUCCCCCCCGCCCGCUGUUCUGGGGCUGCGGCCCCCCGGUUAUCGAGUUAUUUAUUGUGCUCUCACACUUAUUGCGCUGGUUUGCUUCUUAUCGCGCUUUUACACUUAUUUAUUGUGCUGAUCCACCUGUUUUUAGGCUUUUACACUUAUUUAUUGUGCUGAUCCACGCACUGUGAUUUUACCCCCCUGCUGUUCCCUGUAUUUAUUGAGCAUUUAUUUAUUGUAAUUUUACUUAUCGUGCUGUCCCUGUACUUUUUACACUUAUUUAUGGUGCAAUUACACUGAUUGGGUCAUUACA